AUGACAGCCACCGAAGAAGCUGAAACUGAGGCUCCAGUCGUGGAGCAACCAACUGCUACGGAGGAGCCUAAGGUGGAGGAGAAUCCCGUUAAAGGAAAGAGGCCAAGGACUCCCAGGGAAAAGAAGCCUAGACAACCUAAACCAAAACCUGCCGCUCAUCCUCCUUAUUUUCAGAUGAUUAAGGAGGCUAUAUUGGCUUUGAAUGAUGAGAGUGGGUCGAGUCCAUAUGCCAUAGCAAAGUACAUGGAAGAGAAGCACAAAGCAGUACUCCCAGCAAAUUUUAAGAAAAUUUUAGGUCUUCAACUGAAAAACUCUGCAACAGGAGGAAAGUUAAUCAAGAUCAGGGCAUCUUACAAGCUUCCAGAGGCGAAAAAGACUAAAGAGGUUAAACCUACUACAAGAAAGACUAGGUCUGUGAAUAAAGCCGAGGCUUCUGCAAAGAAAGUUGCUGGGGCUAAGAAGGCCAAGAAAUCAGCAGCUGCUAAACCUAAACAGCCAAAGUCUAUCAAGUCUCCUGCUGCCAAAAGGGCCAAGAAAUAGAGACUUGGUCCUGGCAGUAGUUAUUAAGGCCAAGAAAUCAGCAGCUGCUAAACCUAAACAGCCAAAGUCUAUCAAGUCUCCUGCUGCCAAAAGGGCCAAGAAAUAGAGACUUAGUCCUGGCAGUAGUUAGUUUCUGAUGUAUGAUGCUGGGUCGAUGUGAAUAUGUGAUGUACUAUGCCGUCUAGUUUAUGUCGGUGGAGUGUUUUCUGCCACUUUUUGGACAUGAGUGUUCUUCUCUUUUGUAUAUAAUCUUGUAAGUUCAGAGGUUAAUGGAACUCAGCCGUGUUCUUUCA